AUGGUGCUGCUCGCCAUCAUCACGGCCUGGGUGUCUUGGGCAGUCGUCACUACAGCAUCGCCUAUCUCGCGACAAGCUGCCUCUCGCUAUGCACCUAGACCGGUGACGUGCCCGUCGACACCGCUUGUGCGCCAAGCCACGGGCAUUUCGGACGCCGAGUCGAAGUACAUCGCCGAGAGAUACCUCAAAGCCUCUGAGGCUCUGCAGUCAUGGCUCGAAUCCGUUGACGACGGUUUCGCAUCUGGUCACGGUGGCUGGGGUGACUGGCAGGGACAUGGGAAAGGCCAGGGGAAGGCGCCUGUCAUAGCACUGACAUCAAGUGGUGGUGGCUACCGUGCUAUGCUUGCUGGUGGUGGACUCAUCAAGGGUUUGGACGGCCGCGAGGAAGUCACGACUGGCGUUAGUGGGCUCUACCAAGCUCUUACGUACGAAGCAGGUCUCUCUGGCGGAUCCUGGCUGCUAUCAUCGCUUGCUGGCAACGACUAUCCAACCAUCAGCGAGCUGCAGACCAGCCUAUGGGAGCCGGCACUGGAGCUCAGUCUCUUGGUACCUCAGAUCUUGGUCUCACCUCAGGCGAAUCCCAUCUACACCGCCGUGGACGCCGAUGUCGAUGCCAAGCGCGCAGCCGGCUUCGAACCAUCCAUCAUUGAUCCUUGGGGCCGCCUGCUCUCCUAUGGCCUUCUGCUCGGCCCAGACGGUGGAGUCGAAGACACCAUGUCCAGUAUAGCGGAUUCCUCAAACUUCACAGCACAUAACGCCCCCUAUCCCGUCAUUACCGCUCUUGGCGUCGAGGCCGGGGAAUGUAUUCCUGCCCGAAACGCAACACAGUACGAAUUCCAUCCUUACGAGUUUGGCUCGUGGGAUGUCGGCGUAGACGCCUUCGUUGUCUCCGAGUAUCUAGGAACAUCCUUUUCAGACGGUCAUCCCACUGGCGAAUGUAUCACCCACUAUGACCAGCUAGGCUACGUCCUCGGCACGUCUUCCAACGUCUUUGCCGCCGCCUGCAGCGCCGUCCCAGCCAACAAGACCGGCGAAGCCUCUGCAACCGCCUUGGCCGAAAAUCUCGCCGGCCUCGUCGCCCUUCCUGGACAACCCGGCGUCCCAGAGCGCGAGAUCUUCGGCCUCUUCCCGAACCCGUUCCAGGGCUACUCCGUCUCCCCAGAAGUCUCGGCGCAAACAACGCUCGAACUCGUUGAUGGCGGCGUCGGCGUCAACUACCAAGGCAAUCCGAUCUGGCCCUUCCUGCACCGCGACAUCGACGUCAUCAUCGUCAACGACAACUCAGCCGACACGCCCACCAACUUCCCCAACGGAAGCGAAAUCCUUAACACGUACAACGCCGCCGUCGCAGCCGGCCUGACGCGCAUGCCAGUCAUCCCCUCCGUUGACACCUUCGUCUCCGAAGGCCUAAACCAGAAACCCACCUUUUUCGGCUGCGACAGCCCGGACACCGCCACCAUCGUCUUCAUCCCCAACGUCAACUACACCUUCCCCAGCGGCGAGCCGACAGCCAAGAUCCAGUAUUAUCGUAACGAAACCGAGGGCAUGAUCUCCAACGGCGUCAUGACCGCGAAUUAUGGCGGCAAGGAUAACUGGCCGCUCUGUCUGGCCUGUGGAAUCAUGAAGAAGAGUGGUGGGUCUUUGCCGGAUGGGUGUGGGGCGUGCUACGAUGAGUAUUGCUUUAAUUAG